AUGAGCGGUGGAAAGAAAGCCCUCGUCACCCCGGUGCGGGGUGCUGAAGUGGUGUCGCCUUCUCAACGUAUCAAAAUCACAGAGAUCUCUUUGGAUGAGCAUCGCAGUGGUUGGCGGGAGCCUGAUUCAGUGCGGAUCAGGGAACUCGCGAAGGAGUUUCUGGAGGGCCGAUAUGGCCAGGCUUUGUUCAGAAACAUCCGCGUCUUGCAGUGCAAAGGGAAACCCAUGCAGGACGAUGCCCUGAAGUGGCUUCUGGAUGAUGGCUACAGCAGUGUGGCUGCACUGAGGCAAGUGCAUGAAGAGUGGGUGAAGCUGGGGGAGCCGUCCACUGCCACAGCCUCCACGACCUCGGAGGCUACAGAAGCAGAUGGCAUAGUCUUCAAUGCCAUGCUGUUGGAUGUGCUCAAGAACGGCAUUCUGUGCGAUAUCGUUGAGUAUCCUUCCGACCAGGCUGGUUUGAGCAAGAAUGUUUAUGUCUAG